AUUGAAGCUCUUCAACAGCGUGAAUGGAACAUUACAGCCGUUAGCGUCAGCUCCACAGAGGUCUAUGUGAGUUGGUUUCGGCUAAAUACUUACAAUUCAAAUUCCUCCUGCAUAUAUGAUUAUGUUGCUGCCUUGCACAUGCUGCGAAUUGGCACUGGCGACAUACAUGUCUUAAAUGUGACAAAUGCCCUUGCCUCGAAGGCAAACUCCUCCUUCUUGGAUACGGUGGUGAGUGGCCUUAGACCCUACACAAAGUACGGAGUGAAAGUUGUGGCUCUUGUCAGAGAUCGGAUGACAGGUGUAAUUACACCCAAGAUCAGCUCAAUCAGUGAGGUUCAAACUCCAGAGGGCGGUGAGUAAAUUUUGCUUGAUGUCAUAACAUAUUAUAUAGUUAUAAUUUGAAGCUGCAAAUAAGGAUGCACAAAAGAACAGAAAUAGCUUAUUCCAAUGAUUAGAAAGACAAAAAGUUGGAAAGUAUCUUAAAUUAAUUUUCCAAUGUAGGAGAUGUUAACAGCAGUUAGUAGAUUAUACUCUCUCUCCCUUUUCCAAGUUCCCGAUCGUGUUCCAUGGUUGUACGUGAGCAAUCGAGGUGUCGACAGACUGGAGAUUGAAUGGUAUCCAAUAUCUAGUGAAGAUGCUCAUGGAAUACUUCUUGGAUACACUGUGCACUAUAGAAAAUACAAUUCAAAUAACAGCUUUACUCAUAGUGUGAACUCAAGCACUCGAGUAUUUGCUAUAACUGGUCUAAAGGAGGCAACGACAUAUCAAAUCAAAGUUACAGGCCGUACAUCUGUAGGGGAAGGCGCAGGUCGUUAUAGAUAUGCUGAGACAGGU